AUGCUUAUAUCGAAGCAGCGACGGCGUGCACGGCUCAUUCUGCAGCAGGCAAAAUGCCUGGAGGCAUGGUUCGGCUUCCUCUUUUACCCGACUUCAUGCCUCCUCCUGCACGACAAGCUGACUGCGCUUCAGUAUAGCUCAUCGUUAUCUCGUGCACUUCCUGUUUGCUGCCUAGUUGUGCUGAUCCCGGCAGAUACAGCACGAUAUUACUUGGGCACGCGUGGCAACUUGCGAUCGCAGGUGUUCCCCCUCACUGCCUUCAUGUUCCUGUCUGCUUGCCCGCUGGUCCCAGGGCUGGUCUACCUAAGCUUUUUCGCAGAACAUCGCCUUCCGUUUGAUGCUGUAGCGGGAACAGGCCUUUUGUUGCUGCUCUUAGCAGAGACUGUUGCUGGUGCUGUCGUGUUGCGUGAGUUGCUAAGACAAGAAGCAGCACGUUUUCUCAAAAUGCGCAAUAGGAAACCAAUAACCAAGUCGUGGCAAUAA